AUGGAUGUCACAACAAAUGUAACAAGUUUGGGUUGCUGUGUCGCCUCACUAGAGGGCGAAGAGUACCUAUGCUGCAGCGUUUGCAAGUUAGCAUUUCAUUAUGACUGUUUGAGUAUCACCAAGGCACAACAAACAGAGAUUAAUUGGAGAUGUCCUGAGUGCACGCGACUCAAACCUAAGAAUAUAAUUGAUGACAACAUGCCUGUACGAUCCGAUGCUAGACCAAAGGCACUCUUAAACAAAACUUUGCUAAGCGAUCAUCUAAAAGGCCAGCAAUUUCAUCUCCACCAGAAACGCAUUCCAAUGACGCCA